UCCUUCUAACAGACUUGACUGGAGAGGCUUGGGAAUUCCCCAGGACAUCUCCUUUAGCGAGACGCAUUGACCUGUAAACAAGGUAGCACGGUAACGUUAACAUUUAUUUUACUCCGUGAAUAACCUUUUAGGUGAAGAUGAACUUUGAGGAUAUCAGCUAGAGCUUAGGUGCAGCGCCCUGUGCUGUUUUCUUUGCCUGGUCCUAGCACCUUUAGCGUGCUAGCUAACUAACUAACUGAUAGGACAUCAGUUACCAGCUUAACAGCACAGCUAGCCUGCUACUUUGCUUUAGCAAACUGUCUGGUUACUAAAAGCAAAUAUCAGUCGAUUUUAACCGGCUGUUAUUGCAAAGGAGUCUAGUAUAAAAAACGAAUAGCUAGCUAGUAACAGUAUUCGUAAUGGCUGGUAUUCAGCCCAGGUGCGAUUUUGGAAAGCAGCAUGCACGGCCUGAACUUGGCUUCGGGCUUGACAAACAUGAAACUCUGGGUACUUCUGCACCGGAUGAUUGGUGCGACAGUGGGCUAGAAUGUCUGAGUGGAAGAGAGCUGAGCCUGGAUGUCUCCUUCAGCAAUGAGACAUCCCAAACCUGGGGGCCCAGGUCCCCUCCUCACACGGCCUCCUACCCGUCACUGGAUGACACUGACAAGCACCCCAUGGACUUUAGUUUACUGGGGGGUGGAGAGAGGUUGGACUCAGCUAUAGGGGACUCAAUUACAGAUGAGACGAUGGGUAGUAUAUCACAGGGGCUGGGGACCAUGCACCUGAAUGAACCAGUUAUCAGUUACACUGUGGAUGACAGUGGGAGGCAAGCAGCACCGAGCCCAGAGGAGGAAAGACGGAGGAGAGAGGAGAUGCACAACACACUGAACUUUGUGUCUGAGGAUGGAGACACGUGAGUAGGCUCUCCUUACUAUUCACAUGAUGAGCAGCAGUUUGUUUGGCUAUUUGUCAUUGCAAACAUCUCCUUUGCUCAUAGGGCUCUUCACUUGGCUCUUAUCCACGAGCACUGGGCCUUCGUACAGUACUUACUGGGAGUGAUAGCUCUGGACCGCAGCUGGGUGCCUUACCUGGACAUCCAGAACCACUUGGGACAGGUAAGCACAGGGACACACUGCUCUUCUGAGCUGAGAGCAGCCACACCAACAUAGGGAGGUUUCCCAGUGGGGGGUGUAUUAACAUGCAAUUAACAUGUGUCCACAAUUUACUUGGUCUCCUCACUCUUCUCUUGUCCCUCUCAAAUCUCCUCCUUUGGGGCCUUUUUGUCUCUAUUGUGUUUUCCUCUAUUUUCAAUGUCCACUUCUUUUCUUCCUCCUCCUUACUUCCUCUCCCUGUCUGUCAGACUGCCCUCCACUUGGCUGUCAUAGUGGACCAGUCCCAGUGUGUGCAGGGGCUGCUGUGGGGCGGUGCGAGCGCUGAACUACAGGAGAGGGGAGGGAACACACCGCUGCACCUGGCCGUCAGGGAGCUGAGGCAGGACUGUGUACGAGAGAUCACCUCCAACUGCCAGAGCACUGAUUAUCUACACGUCACCAACUACUCAGGUACACAGAUCACCCAGACGACGUGUAGCCUGUCGUUGUACCGUUAGAAACUUUGCAUACCGUAACUUUAUCAUCCCUGUCUUACCUUUAGGUUUCUCUAUUUGUAAUGAAACCCUCCCUCUCUAUUUCUUUCCCUCUCUUUCAGGGGUGAGUGCACUGCAUUUGGCAGUACAGAGGGGCAAGGAGGACAUAAUCAGCAUGCUGAUUGAGGCAGGAGCUGAUGUUAACCAGAGGGUGAGUAGCCCACAGUAAGUUACUGUAUCAGACUGAUAUAGACAGGGUGGGUCCUCCAUGCCCGCUAGGUUCCAAGAUGCCUCAGCACUUCAUUCAUUAAAGUCAUUAAAGGUCCCCUCACCUGCUGAGCAAGAUAAUUACACUUAAAGGUUAUGAUGGUCCACUCACUGUCUCGCUCUCCAUUUCUCCCCCUCCAGGACCUGGGCUCAGGCCGUUCCCCUCUCCACUGGGCCGUGGAGUCCCAGAGCCCCAGGAUGGUGCUGCUGCUGCUGCAGAGGGGAGCCAGUGUAGACCAGCCCUCCUACGCAGGCCACACAGCCCUCUACUGCUCCCUGCACAGGCCCAACAAGGAGGUACAGGCCCUGCUCAAGGCUGCAGGGGCCUCUGACGCACAGGCCCAGGACGAAGAGGAGCGGGAGAGUGAAGAGGUGAGGGUGGUCUGGGGGAGUUAGUUGGCAAUGCAGAUAUGAGCUUCUUUAUUUGUCUGUCAUAAACUUAUUGACAUUUCAAAAGGCACACAGUGUCCAUCAUGGCUGUAAGUGUUAUUAUUGGGUUUAUAUGACUCCAUGACACUGGAGUCUGGAGUCAUAUUAACUCUAGUGUUGUCUGUGUUUGCCUCCUGUAGGAAGAGUUUGAUGACGUUGUUAUCAAUGGACAACGAGUGCACUAA